GAAGGAUUCCCCCUCCCGGCUGUGCGAGCCGCUGCUGGCUUAUUGAGUGGGGCCGUCCCUGUUCCCGUGCCGCGGACCCAGCGGCGUGUGCACUCAGGGUGAGCAGAGCUGCGUGGAAGAGCACUGACGGGGAAUGGGCUGGCUUCGGGCGAGGAUGGCUGCGCCGGCCACGUGGUGAGCAGAGGGGCCGCUCUCCUCUGCCGCGUGCCAGGUGCUGUGCGUCCUCAGUGCCACAACCCCUACCCCCCAGCUGGGAGGAGAGUGUGUUGAACAUGCAGGCAGUGGGGAUCGGGCGGUUGAACAGCUCGGCACGGUCCGACUUUGGGAACAAAUCUCUGCUGGACUCUUGGGAGCUGAGCGGGGAUGAUGCGGCCUCCGUCCCAGCAGAUGGGAUCUUCGGCCUGCGGAUCCUCAUCUCCAGCGUCUACUUGGUGGUGUGCGCCAUGGGGCUGCUGGGCAAUUCCAUGGUCAUGUACUUGGUCCGGGCCCGGAAGGGCAGGCCGGCCUCCGCCAUAGACGUCUUCGUCUUCGGCCUGGCGCUGGCCGACUUCCACUUCGCCCUGACCCUGCCCUUCUGGGCGGUGGAGACGGCCCUGGACUUCACUUGGCCCUUCAGCAAUGCCAUGUGCAAGCUGGUCCUCACCUUGACCGUCCUGAGCGUCUACGCCAACGUCUUCCUGCUCACCACCAUGAGCGUCACCCGCUACUGUUCUGUGGCCUCCGCCGUCAGGCCCGGCCUCAAGCUAACCGCCAACCUGGCCAAGUGGAUCACCGUGGCUCUUUGGGCCAUGGCCUUGGGAGCCACCGUACCCACCGCCAUCUUUGCCACGGUGACAGAUGUGGUCGGGGUAGAGUUGUGCCUGCUCAAGUUCCCCACCAACCGGUGGCUAGGGGUGUAUCACCUCCAGAAGGUGUUGGUGGCCUUCGUGCUGCCCCUGGCCAUCAUCUUGGCCUCCUACCUUCUGCUCCUCAGCUUCCUCCAACAGCACCGGGUCAACGCCAACAACCCCAGGCGGCAGAGCCAGAUCGCCACGUCCGUCUGGCUAGUGGUCACCUCCUUCUUCGUCUGCUGGUUCCCCAACCACGUGGUGACCUUCUGGGGAGCCCUGGUGAAGUUCGGGGCUGUCCCCUGGGACAAGACCUUCUACUUCCUCCACACCUACAUCUUCCCCCUCACCACUUGCCUGGCCCACAGCAACAGCUGCCUCAACCCUGUCGUCUACUGCCUGAUGCGGAGGGAGUUCCGCAGGGCUUUGAAAGAUGCUUUCUUGAACCUCCUGGCCCAGGCUUCCUCCUACCUGCCUUCCUCCACCGGCCAGGCAAGGGACGAGGGCACCGCCCAGGUGGCACUGCCCUUGCACCGGAGGGGCAGCCCCAGCGGCCUACAGGUGGCAGAGAAGGAAUACGCCCUGCUGUCCACCACCGUCACCGUCGUGCCUGAGCUCAGAGCCGAGGAGGCCAGCCCGCAGGACGAGGUAGGGACGGCCCUGGGGCGGGCGUCAAUGAGGAGAUGCCGAAGUGACCGCUGGUGAAUCACGGCCUCUAAGACACAGAGAUGGCUUUUGGGCUAACAGCAGAGGAGCCCGUGCUAGCAGGGCAUGGGGCUGCCGUUAGCACUGGUCGUGCUACGGGGCGUGAUCUUUUGCACCCAACCUAACUGGAGGUCUUUUGUGAUGCAGGCUGGCGAGAGCGAUUCCACUGUAUUCCUGUUAGAAAUGCCGGGACCUGACGCUGGAGUUUCAGCCAGGGCUCCUUCCUCUAGCCCUAACACCCCAAGACUUGGGGGGGAACAAAGAGGGACUUUGUGGCUCUUAUUUCCACAGCGCAUCCCACAAAAGCCCCAGAGCCAAGCGAACCUCUUCCCUGCUGACGACCGGUCUGAUGAGCCGGAUGGCGCCUGCAUUCGAGUUUCG